AUGCGUCGACGGCGCUCAGACGAGCUCCCGCAGUUUGUGAGGGACGCCGAGCCGCGGGCAUUCCGAUGGCGGCGCCGCUUUUGGAUAUACAUUGGCGUCUUCGUUCUGGCAUGUUGGACGUUGUACCCACGCCAACCCUCGUACAACGAUCGCAGUACAUUCGCGACAAAGGGAUCGAAUUAUGCUUACAGUCUGUACGCGACUGAUGGCGCAACCUUGUGCCAUGCACUGCUGCUGUUCGAUUCGCUGGCCAAGUAUGGCAGCAAAGCAGACCGUGUACUGUUCUACCCCAAACACUGGGAUCUUGUGAUAUCCGACUCCAAAGAUCGGGACAGCCAGCUGCUGGUCAUGGCACGCGACAAGUAUAACGUAAAGCUACACCCGGUUACGUUGUUGAGCGUUGAGGGUCGGACCACGGAUGAAUGGACGGGUACUUGGGACAAGUCCGUUACGAAGUUCCUGGCAUUUUCCCUCGCGUACUACGACCGCGUCGUUGCGCUUGACUCGGACAUCACGCUGCUCUCCUCGCUCGACGAGCUCUUCGCGCUACCGUCCACACCGAUUGCCAUGCCACGCGCCUACUGGUACGAGACGCUUCCGCCUCCGCUCACAUCCCUUCUCAUGGUCGUAAAGCCGGACCUCGACGAGUUUCAGCGGUUCAAGGACAUCAUCACGGGUGGGGGGCAACCCUUCGCUUGUCAACGCGCACAAGUUUGA